AUGGCUCGAUUCCGUUUCCAGAGCCAAUCUGGCGAUGUAGAAGAAUGUCCACGCGAUACAACCCUGCAGAACAAUGACCUCCCCAAGAAGCCUGUUACUGCCGAUGAGGCGAUGGAAAUUGCCAUAGGGGAGAGCAACAGUGUCGAAUAUACCAUUGAUUCAGACAACUCUCCAUAUCUUGAAGUUCGAGCCAAUGUGCCCAACACGGAUGAUCCGACUUUGCCUAUCAACACAUUUCGAAUGUGGUUUUUGGGUGUUGUUUUCACUUUGGUCGGAACAGGCGUCAACCAGUUCUUCUCGAUGCGAUACCCCAGCGUGACCAUCACAUCGCUCGUGGCACAGUUGGUCAGCUAUCCCGUUGGAUGCUUCUUCGCUAAAGCAUUGCCCAUCAUGAAGAUUCGUGUUUUUGGUCGAGAAAUCAUGAUAAACCCGGAUCAUCACUUUAACGUCAAGGAACAUGCUGUUAUUACCAUCAUGUCGAAUCUCAGUUUUAACCAGUCUUGGGCCAGUGCUAUUAUUCAAGCACAAAAGGUAUACCUAAAGAUGGAAACGCCAGUUGGAUACCAGAUCUUGCUGGCCUUGUCCAUGCAAAUGUUUGGCCUUGGUCUGGCUGGUAUGGUAUACAAGUAUAUCAUUGAGCCACCGCAGAUGAUCUGGCCUUCGACUUUGGCAAACGCGGCAUUGUUUGAAACUCUGCAUAGUGAAGCAAAUCCUCUUGCGGACGGCUGGAGAAUUUCGAGAUAUCGAUUCUUCAUCUACGUCUUCAUUGGAAGUUUUUGCUGGUAUUGGCUUCCUGGAUAUAUCUUCACAGGUCUGAGUACUUUUGCAUUUGUGUGCUGGGCUGCUCCAAACAGCAAAGUCGUCAACAAUCUGUUCGGCAUGACAACCGGCCUUGGAUAUCUCCCUACAACCUUCGACUGGAGCCAGAUUGCCUACAACACCUCGCCGCUGGUGAUCCCCUUCUGGGCCCAAGCCAAUGUCUUCGCUGGAUGGUUCUGCGUGUAUGCUGUCGUGGCACCCAUUCUCUACUACACCAACACCUGGUUCACUGCGUAUCUCCCUCUGACAGGCUCCGAUGCAUACGACAAUACCGGUAAUAUCUACGACUCCAGUCGGAUUCUGGAUAGCAACGGUGCCAUAGACGUCGAAAAGUAUAAGGAGUACAGUCCUAUCUUUUUGCCGAUCACCUUUGCCCUCUCGUAUGGUCUUGGGUUUGCUGUUUUGAGUUGUCUCUUGACUCAUGUGGUGCUGUACCACAGCAAGGAUAUCUUGAGUACUUUCAGGGGCCAGAAUAAGAAGGAUAUUCAUGCUAGGUUGCUGUCGCGCUACCCGGAUGCUCCGUGGUGGUGGUAUUCCAUCCUGACGGUCAUCGUCGUGGCUGUGGCCAUCAUGGUGCAGUAUGUGUGGGAUACAGGACUUCCAUUCUGGGGACUCUUCAUCACUCUUGCUCUGGCUGCACUUUAUGUGAUUCCUGUUGGAACGGUAUACGCCGUGGCCAACUUGAACAGCAAUGUCUUGACUGUUUUGGGUGAGAUUGUUUCCGGUUAUUUGCUGAGAGGCAAGCCGCUUGUUCUUUUGAUUUUCAAGUUCUAUGCCUACACUGGGUUGAGUCAGGCCAUGUACUAUGGUGCAGAUAUGAAGCUGGGAUUGUACAUGAAGAUCCCCCGUCGAACGCUGUUCGUUGCACAGCUGGUUGCUUGUAUACUUGGUACCUUGACACAGAAUGGUGUAUUGCUGUGGAUGCUUGGAAACGUGCAGGAUGUCUGCUCAAGCGAUCAGCCCGACAACUUCACCUGUCCUCAAGGUCGAGUCAACUACAACAGUGCAGUCUUCUGGGGAGCAAUUGGACCCGCAAGACUGUACGAUAUUGGCAAGAGAUAUUCUGGUCUCCUGCACAUGUUCUGGAUUGGAGCAUUGCUUCCUAUUAUAACAUUCUUUCUUCGGAAGAAGUAUCCCAACUCUCGCUUUCUGAAGGCAAUUCACUGGCCGAUUUUCUUUGCGGGAACAGGAAACUUGCCUCCAGCGACUGGAAUCAACUACACCACGGCUUUUGUCGUCAGUUUUGUAUUCAACAAGUGGCAGAUCAUCAAAGGACGCAGACCGCAGUGGUGGGCCAAGUACAACUAUGUCCUCUCUGCAGCCCUGGACUCUGGUGUCGCAGUCUCUGCUAUUCUGAUCUUCUUCGCAUUGGUGUUUCCAGGCGUCACUCUCAGUUGGUGGGGGAACAAUGUCAAUAGCGGGACGGUCGACAGCAAGGGAACGCCAUGGAAGAUAUUGGGUGCCAAUGAGACAUUUGGCGAGACAACAUGGUCAUGAGAGUGUUAUUCUCACGAUAUGAAGAAUGGGGUAUUUGAUGAUGAAUAAUUUCUGUAUGUUAAUGAACAAAUUCAUGCCUCAGGCAACAAAUGAAUGUCCAAUCAGCGCCAGGAUACCCCGCGGGGUGACAGGCGAGUUCCUAUUGGC